UUUACAAAAAAUCCCAUAAAUGGAAAACAGCAAAGCUCCUCCGCCGGAGCUUUGUGUAGACAAUCUGCGGGUCAUCAAACUCCUCGGAAAAGGCGCCACCGGCACCGUCUUCCUCGUCUCCGACGUCUCCUCCGAUCAUCCCUUCGCUCUCAAGGUAGUCCAAAAAUCCUCCGCCCGCCACCACGCCGACCGCCGGGCCCGCCACGAGAUCGCCGUCCUCAGCCGCCUCGCCGCCGGCCACCCCUUUCUGCCGCCGCUAAUUGGAUUUUCUGAGGAUCGCGACUUCAUAUGCUGGGGCAUUCCGUACUGCCCCGGCGGUGACCUCAACGCCCUCCGCCACCGCCAGAGCGACGGCGUCUUCUCCGCCGCCGUCAUCCGCUUCUACGUGGCGGAGAUCGUCUCCGCCGUCGAGUACCUCCACGGCCGCGGCAUUGUCUACCGCGACCUCAAGCCGGAAAACAUUCUCGUGCAGCUCUCCGGUCACGUGACCCUCACGGACUUCGACUUGUCACGUGACUUGCAGGCGCGGCGGGAGCCCGGCGCCGGCCGCCGCGCACGUGACUUUUACUCCGACCGCGAGGAGGACAAGCCGACGAGGAAAAAGAAAAGAACCUUCCAGAAGAAAUCCAAGAGCGCACGUGUUUCGCCCGUGAGCAGAAGAGCUCCGGCCGCCGCCGCUGCCGCCGCCGGCGACUCCUCCGCCGACGAGCGGUGCUACUCCUUCGUCGGCACGGAGGAAUACCUUUCGCCGGAGGUCAUACGCGGCGACGGCCACGACUUCGCCGUCGAUUGGUGGGCCGUCGGAAUCCUCGCCUACGAAAUGUUGUACGGAACGACGCCGUUCAAGGGAAGAGAUCGGAAAGACACUUUCCGGCGAAUACUUCUCGCCGACCCAAAAUUCAUGGGAAAACCCAAUUUACUAACAGACUUGAUCAAAAAUCUACUCGAAAAAGAUCCCACGCGCCGCCUUGGGUACGGCGGCGCGUCGGAGAUUAAGGGUCACGGCUUCUUCCGUGGAUUGAGGUGGGAAUUGCUAACGGAAGUCUCACGGCCGCCGUUUCUGCCGUUAGAAUCUGAGAGGGAUCAGAUGACGGGAAAUCCCGCCGUUAGUUUCGUCGAGUAUUUUCAGGCCCAGCCGCCGCCGUUACGGUCGCCGUCACUGGAUGAGACUCACGAUAACGUCUCAUUAACGGAGUUCUAACGUAACAUAUAUACAAAUUUAUAUAUAAUAUGUAAAAUGUCUAAUUUUAUUUCAAAUACCCAUAUGUACAUUAAAAAAAUAUAAAUAAAAUCAAGAAAUUAAACGUA